UUACGCAAUUGUAAUGGAAUAUGUGGAAAAUGGAGAUUUGGAGGACAUGUUGGUGUUCAACCAAAACCAACAUAAAGAAAUCAAAAAUUGGAGCUGUCGCAUAAAUAUGAGUCUAGAAAUUGCAAAAGGGAUGGACUUUUUGCACAGUCUCUCUCCUCCAAUUAUACACAGAGACUUGAAAACGUCCAACGUGUUAGUUGAUGGCAACUAUUCUUGCAAGAUUAUUGACUUUGGAUUAUCAACAACAAGAGAAAUUUCAAGACAGUCAGGAGAACAAUCUAAUAGUAGCUCGAAGGGAAUGGGAACCGUGGCAUUCACUGCACCAGAAGUGUUUCGGCACAAAGUAGAUAAGAAACAAGAAACAAAGAUUGAUGUUUAUUCGUAUUCUAUUAUUCUCUGGCAGCUGAAGGAAAUGAAACGCCUUUAUGAUGAAAUGUACGUGGCAGUGAUUCGUGCAAAUGUCUUGUCCAAUGUAAGACCCAAUCUGAGUGAUGACAACUGCAAUGAAGACUUUCGACGUCUAAUUAUUCGAUGCUGGGACGAUCAGCCUGACAUCAGGCUAGACUUCAAAGAAAUAAUUGUCAUGCUUGAAGGCAUUGUGUCGUGCAGUCAGGGCAGUCAUGACAGUGCGUUAAGUGCAGUUGGCGAAGUGCAUGCUGGCGAUGAGACUGGUGACAUUAGUCAAUCAGUCACUCAUACUGACAAUUCAUCAAUAAUAUCAAUGGUGCCUCAGUCUCAGUCUGUUGAGAUAUCAAAGCUAGAGUCAACUUUUUCAAGUUCUGCUUUCAUUUUGUCCAAUCCUCUACCAAUUGCAAGUUCAGUCUCAGCUGAUCAUGAGGAAAUAGUCUACAGGCACAAUGACAUUGCAAGCUCCGAGAAAGCGGGAAGAAAGACACGGAGAUUUAAAAAGGUCAAGCGCAAAUUUGUGAUAGACCCAGCACCGUUUGGAAACAGUGCUGUCGUGAUUCUAACUGCUCAAACACCAGGGGAGGUUGAUAGUGAGAACGAAUGCUCAUAUUCCUAUAGAAUUAAUGGAUUACGAACGCAGUCGUGGUGUGCUCCUUCUCAGCAUCUAUCUCAUACAUUGAAAGCUGCAAACGAGGUCUUGACUAAAAUACGGCGUGAAGCCGAUGAAACAAGCACACAGUUUAUAGAGAUGGACAUCUGGGUACAUGUCGGCCGGCAACUGAUUACCAAUGUGCAUUAUGGUGAAGAACUUCGCAGUUAUCAUAUUGGGCAAAUGAUAUCGAAGAUGAAAUACAGUGAACAUAGAACCAAUUGGACAAACGUUUUCGAACCGGGAUUUCAAGAACAAGAUUGGUUUCCUUUCUGCCGUUUUCUCAAGGAGAAUGCUGUGUUGAUACACUCGACUACUCGCCAUGACAUGAAGUUUACAACUCCGUCACAUCGAGAGCGUCGUUUCAAGGUCUGGAUACCCGAAGGCCAGACAGGUGGCACCGACGACGUCGAUCCUUCACAGCAAGAAUAUCUUGAAGGUGGAAAGAAAGUGGGUUGUGGUUUUCUUUUUUUUCCAUACACUAAGAGGCUGAUAGCAGAGGUCUCCAUGCCAUAUUAUCCGCUUGACUGUCGUUUACUAAUCCAAACAGGGAUAAUUGACAUUACCGAUCAAACGGAAGAAGAAAAGAAAGAAGACGCCAUUUUGAGUCAAUAUUACCUCGAGAAAUUUCGCGUCGACGUCAAAGGCCUAGAGGUUCCAUCAAAGUGGCUUCUACCUCCUAAAUAUCGACUGAUUUACCACAGAAGGUGUGAGCGAGAUUAUUACCGGUAUCGAGGUUUUAAGUUGACUGUUUCAAGGGAGAAGACAAUGCACACGGAGACGCCGGAAAACAUUGAUGUUCACAUUCGCAGCAGUAACUGUGAGUGCCUGCGACAAAAGAAUAGAGGACAAAACUGGAAACCGGAAAAAAUUGCUAGCUUUAUUCCAGAGAUGCUUGAAUGUGCAAAGACAAUCCUCUCGAAAGAAGAAUUAAUGUCUGUCUAACAGUGUCGUAUCACAGGGUACGGUAGAACCCUGUAUGUAGGAAUUGCCUAGAUUUUGGAGAGUUGUGGGGGCCUGGUCGUCUUUUUGUACGCCUAGAAAACAUAGUAAAUAAAUGAAGACUAAAAUAAAAUUUCUCAAAAUU